AUGCUGGAAUCGACCAUUAAGGAGUGGGUUUCCGCGGUGCAGAAAGAUCCGUCGAUUCCCGAGGCAGCGCACAGCCUAGCGUUGUCGGAUUGUGAGAAGUUGGAAUCGGGUUCCAACAUCGGCCACACUGGAUACUUGCGUCUUCGCACUGUCUGGUAUUGUUACAACACGGGUCCACGGAUGCUCGCCACCUUGAUCACCGGCAACGAGCGGACGGAAUACCAAGGAUAUGUUCACCCCGCGCUUCACUCGGAGGCGGAACGCCUCGUGAAGCAGGCUUCCUCGGGUAUGCACAGCAGGCUUGGUUAUUACCUAGACGAGAUGCAUCGAUCCUCGGGGGAUGCGAGGUACCUGUAUCCCGAGACCGAAUGCGGGUUCUUUUCCGCGGUGCGAUACUGGCAAGCUAUGACGGCCACCCACGUGAAAACAGACAGAUCAGUCGUGUCUAAAAUCUCAAUCUCCCCCGGCUCCGCCUCGAACAACCAGACUGUAGUAACGCCACCGCGCAAUGACACCCAUCGCAACGCCCAAAACUCAGCCUCUGUGGACGAAACCUACGUCAACACCGCUCUUCUCUUGCUCUUACAGGGUGUGUGCCAAGAGUUCAAGCAGCCGUUGCGCCCGCUGCAUUGGGUCCCCCCACGCAUGGCGUUGCAUGUCAAAGUGCCGGGUUCAGCUGGGAAGAAGAAGGAGUUGUUGGAGGCGCGGGUCGACGGAUACCUUUGCGGGCUGGUCGAGGUACCGGGCACUAAAUCCAGGUUCACCAAUCCCAAGGCGAUUUGUGAGGCAAAGGCGGCGGUGAGGAAGUCGCACAGGACCGAAAUCGAACGGCAGGAGUCCGCGGAGAUGGCGGCUUGGAUAUCUAGCGAUCGUGGGGCAGGAGAACUGCUUCAAACCUCGGCUAGCGGUAGAAGAAGACGUCUCAUGGUCUCACAGGACCGUGACGAGAUUUACAUCAUCAUUGGCGAGUACGGCGAGGAGUACGAGCGCUACAUCCAGGGUCUCGAACCCAAGCAUGUUAUUCCACCCAUCAAUACCCAGAAUGCCGACCCGGCCGACCGCAGCGCCGCAUUUCAAGACAGUCUCGGCUCGCCCACAUUUCUGCUCCGGCUCAAGGGCCAACAUGGUCUAAAGAAGAAUGUGAUUGAGGGCUGGGGAGCUGAGGAGUUAGGGGCCGUGAACUCUGAGCCUCAGACGGACGUCAGGCGCUCGGACCGGAUCGUAGGUGGUAAAUCUGACCCCGAGUAUUUCUCGGCCGACCGUUGUCUCAUCAUGCACCGCUUUGGCCCUUGGGAGACAUCCGAUCCUGAACAUAUGAAGGACCUCGUCACCCAACUGUUGGCCCUGAUGCUCCAGUUGAAU